GCACCGUGUCUGUGACGAGCAGACCACGCGCAAGCCCCCCGCAGUGCCCAGUUAACUCAGGAAGGAUUUGGUGAUAGCACCACCGGUGUGGCCCAAGCAACGACUAAUGCAGACGUCUUGUGGCUAUGGGCGGGAAACAGUCUCACGGCUUCUCCAACAAGGAGCUAAGCGAGGUGAGUGUGAGCCAAGGAGGCCGGAGGAGCACGAGUGGCGACCAGACCAGCCUUUCCUCGGCAGCAGAGAGAAUCCGCAGACACGCUACGGUGCAUUUUGGCUACAGCACCCUGAGCCUGGCUAUGCGCGGGCUCGAUGAUGCCCCGGCCGAGUUGUGGGAGCUGCGUGAGCUGCAGAAGCUCAACCUGUCCAUGAACUGCCUGUGCUCGCUGCCACCAGCCUUGAGUGCGAUGGACAACCUGGUGGUGCUCAACCUGUGGGGCAACAACCUGAGCAGCCUGCCACCCGAGAUCGGCCUGCUGAAGAAGCUGCGUGUGCUCUUCGCUUGCCGCAACCGCCUCAGCGAGGUGCCCGAGGAGCUGGGCUCCUGCACCUGCCUGGAAGUGCUUAGCCUGGCCAACAAUCAGAUUAGCAGCCUGCCCGGCAGUUUGGCAACCAUGCGCAACCUGACCAAGCUUAACCUGAGCCACAACCGCAUCGCCCACAUCCCUACCUGCGUCUACAGCAUGAAGGGCCUGGUCUUCCUCCACCUGGCCUGCAACCGCCUGGAGACCAUCGCCGACCAGAUCCAGGACCUGGUAAACCUCAAGAUCCUCAUCGUGGAGGGGAACAGUAUCCACACCCUGCCCAAGACACUCUGCUUCCUGGAGUCCUUAGAACUCCUCAAUGUAGACUUCAACGAACUGCAGAGCGUGCCAGUGGAGAUGUACCUGCUGAUCCGGCUCAGGAGGCUGGCCUGCCAUCCUCUGGACAAGGGGCUCCAUAUCAUACAUAACCCCCUGCUCAAGCCCAUUCAGGAGGUUUUGCAAGGAGGACUCAGCUCCCUGUAUAACUACCUCAAACCUACGUGAGGCGCCGUCGAUGACCGGCACCCGGCCGACGGCGGACACGUGGAUGCUCACGCCUCAAACAAAUACCCGGCCCACCACGGAUUCCACAAUCACUAUUACAUCACAGGGCCUUUUUUAAGCACACAAAUAGAUUUAAAGUGUCGUUGGCUGUAAAUAAACAACUACAAACCGCCGACACGCGCGCUAUGCCGAACGCGUGUGUGAGCGUAAUCCGCAGUUAAGGGUUAGAAGGAGGCGACAAAGUUUUACAAGUCCACAUUUGGAGGCUGAUUAGUGGGGAGUGGUUGGUGCAGAGGUGGAUAGCACACAUGGUUUGUUGCAUUCAGGUCACGGGGAUCAGCCAGUGGAAAGAACAGUAGAGCAGAAGGGGAAAACUUAUGCAACAAGGAGCUGACAAGAAAUACCUCCAGUGUGAGAUGCAUUACUGAAGGAUUUCUAAAAGUCCGUAAUGGAAUUGUCAGUGACACAUUUGUGCUGGGAAGUUAAUUAUGAAUAAGUAGUAAAAUACUCAAAUAAAACAGGAGGCUUAUCAUCACAUUGUGACAUUUGAAUUAAGGUUGUUUUUUUUUUUUUUUACCAUUUUGUUUGAAGGAUUAAAGCAAAAUAAAAAAUAAAAAUUACUCAUCUGGUUAUUUCAUGUCACUAUCCAGUUUUUUGUUGUUGCAACAAAUGUGUCCAUUGAGGUUCUGAUUUUAUUCACUUCAAUAUUUGCUUGUAAUAUUAUUGCUUUAUUUAUUUCUGUAAAUAUUUGAUCACCAUUGUAAUAGUUUCGAGAACACGAUCAACUGUAAACUUU